AUGCACAAGGCUUGUACGUUGUAUAAUCCUGACCGAGGAAACAUAUCACGGCUUGCAGCGAAAAUCUGGCAGUACGCUAACAAUCGUGUUAAAAGGCACUUGGAUAAAUGGAGGGAAGAAGUACAGAAACAGAUACCGGUUAAUAUUAAUUCAUUUAUUAGAGAAGAUGGAGGUGGUAAUGGAAAAGUACGAAAAGUCAAAAGGGGUGAAACAGCAGACAAGGCUUACGGAAAAAAUAUGAACGGGGAAAAACUAGAGGCAAACAAUAUUGCAAAUAAAGAGAGCACAACGGAAAUUACUGGCGACAAAAAUAACGUAUUUAUUAACACUACGUGCAACGAUGAACUGACUACGGCAAUACAUGCUGUACCAUCGAAUCUACCAUCAACAAGCACACCAAUUGUAUAUCAAUCAGUAAACUCGCCUACCUCGUAUGUUCAACACGACGCUUAUGUCCGUACAACUCAAAUGCAGCCCUUUGUUCAUACUUAUUUUCCAUCAACCUCACCGAUAAUUUAUCAAGAGCCAUUUACGUGUUUUUCUGAGUUUAGCGCGCUGGCUCACCAGCCAAUACAAUGGAGUGUAAACGAAGAAACAAGAGAAAGUAUGGGCUUGCCUUCUGCUCAGUUACUCAACGACAUGCAAAUACCAACCGGUUUUUUUCAUUCUGCCAAUGGAAAUUAUCUUGCAGAAAGACGGGCAACAGAAGAAAUUAGGCAUAAUAUUGGAUAUAACAAUGCGGUAAACAACAUCGUAACGGACAACGUUGAGGGCGAUAUUGAGAGGGCAAUUUUGUAUCAAUGA